AUGGAGUUCACACUUUAUUCCGACAAAGCCCUAAGCGUCCUCCUGCCCGACAAGCCGCGUUCGAUCUACUCUGGCUGGUCGUCCGGAGACGCGAUUGCAUUCGUGACCGCCCUGCCGGCUGCUGCUCUUUGGAAGUUGCCCAGGAAAGACAAAGUCGAACUGCUGGGGGACAAGCGCUGUGUGAAUUUGCCAGAUGUGGAUCCCAAGACGAUUGCUGAGCACGAAGAAAGCGUCUUCAGCGCAAGUAUUUCUCCCAACGAGUUGUACCAAGAGCUAGUGGCAAGCUACUGUGCGACAGCAGUUAUGGAUUUGUCUCCUGCCCAAGGAGAGUUCUGCAAAGCUUGCCUUGCUAGCCGCACCAAAGGAGUUGCAGUGUGUGGCACAGAAAGCCACGGAUCACGCUUAGAGCUUCUCCUCACGGCCCAUAUCUUGGGCGAGCUGUCACGUGAAGGUUCCACUUUCUUUCGACCCGAGUCUGUGGCAAAGGAAGGAGAAGGUAGCGACGGCAAAGAUAAAACAGAAACUGACAAGACCAGCGGAAAGAAAAAAAAGCCCAACCCUGACGCCAAGACGGAGCCCAAGCCAAAAAAGAAAUCUCGCAAGACCAAGAAGGAGAGCGAAGAUGCCGACCCUAAAGAGGAGGAGGAAGGCACCGACCCCAAACCCAAGAAGAAGCCCCGCAAAGCCAAGAAGGAAAACAACGACGAG